AUGAGCGCCGGUGGCGGGUCCUCCAGCUGCUCCUGGGUCAAGCCGGGCUGCAUGAUGGAGCUCGCCAGGCUCGCCAAGAUCCCGCCGCCGGAGUCGGGGCUCCCGUGCCCGCGCUGCCGCUCCGCCGACACCAAGUUCUGCUACUACAACAACUACUCCCUGUCGCAGCCGCGGCACUUCUGCAGGGCGUGCCGGCACUACUGGACGCACGGCGGCGCGCUCCGGGACCUCCCCUUCUCCAGCAGCGCCCGCCGCCGCCGCCGCAGCAAGCCGGCGUCAACUAAGCACGAGCCGUCGUCCAAGGUGGCCAGCUGCUGCGCUUCUGGGACAGGUGCCAGGGCGUCGCCAUCCACGUCCUCCGGCGUCAGCGCCGUUCCUGGCGGCGGCGGCGGUAGAGCGGUCGCGGCGGUGGCCACGGCCGUCAUGCACACGCCGCAGCCGCUGGCGCAGCUGGCGUCGCUGGCAAGGCAGCCCUUGUCUUUCUUAGGCUACAUUAAUGCCGCCAUCGCUGCACCACCUACGACGCCCGCCGCUGGCUCUCUCAUCGGUGCAUCAGACGCCGGCGGCACCGAGGCCGGUAGCUUCGCCGGAGGACAGAUGCAAGCAGCCAUCAUCUCCAGGGUUCCCGGCUCCGCGGCGCUGACCACGGAACCGGCGGCGUCCGAGAUGAUGAUGGGGACACUGACGACGGCGAGCUCGCCGGGAGAGUUCCAGGUGGAGAGCGGCGGCCUUUCUCAUUUCCUUGGUAGCGGCAGCUGGGCAUGCAGCUACGGAUCGUGCUCCGCAGGCAACGGCGGCGGAAGCAACAGCUGCGCGGCCGCUCCGGGCACCUCCGUGUGGCCGGACCCGUCAGGCCCCACCUCGUCGUCUUCUGGUACCAUGCUGUGA